AUGGAUCAAUCUUUCCAUGUUCGGUCGAUUAGCUUGCCCUCGAGAACUCGUCCUAUUUUAGUUAAAGUCGAAGAAGCACUUCAAAGGACAAGUCAUUUAGUUUUACAAGCAUCAUCUACAACACUAGAUGAGAUUAGUGGCGGUUUGAGAAGCCUUGGACAUCUCCAUGAUUGUGUUGAGGAGCUUCUUCGCUUGCCGAGUCUCCGACAAGCCCUCUUGCGACCCGACCAAAACAAAUGGUUGGAGGAGGAACUAGAGGUCUCCAUUGUGUUGCUCGACCUCUGCGGUGCCGUAAAAGAUGCGGUGGUUUCGACAAAGGAGCAUGUCCAAGACCUACAAUCGGCUCUUCGAAGAAGGGGCGACAGAACCAUCGAAUGUAAGCUACGCACUUGCAUUAGCUCGAGAAGAGAAAAGGAGAUGAAGCAUAUCGCGAAGAGCUCCAAAGCUGCGAGGGAGAUGCAUAGCAAAUGCGGAUCACAUCUUCUUGGCGGGGACGACAACAUAUCGAUGGUCGUCAAAGCAAUGAAACAAUCAAGCGAGGCUGCGAUUGCUCUGCUCGGCUCGAUCUUGUCGCUCAUGUUCAAGCCAAGGCUGAGGCAGAAGGAGAGCAAGUGGACAUUUGUGUCGAAGAUGAUGCGUAAGCGAAAAGUGGCUUGUGGUAGUACUAAUGAGGAUGUAGAUGAGGAUCUAUAUCUUGGUACUUCACAUGAGAUCUUAUUAAAUAAAGAUGCUAGUGGUGACAAGGUUAUGAAGGCACAAAAUCAACUGAGAAAUGUAGAGGCAAAAAUUGAAUCUCUAGAGAGUGAACUAGAGUGCUUCUUUAGACGACUAGUGCAAAGUAGAGUCUCAAUUCUCAACAUCUUAAGCCUCUAG